UAGGUGGGAGUAUAUGAACGCCGAAUAACGCGCUCCCGCUUCAGUUGUUAUUCAGGAGUCACAGGGACAAGGCUCUUCCUUCUGCCUCGGUUGGACGCAUCAUCUGUUUCCGAGUCGUGACCAUGGCGCUGUUUGUGCUGCAGGCGGCGAUGCUCGUAGGCGUUGCCGCCAGUCUGCCUCCCGCCGUGGACGAGAGCACGGACGUCCGGACGCUGCAGAAGAGCUUCCUGGCGCCGCUCGAGUCGGAAUGCGCGAGUAAUCUGGCGGAGUUGCUGCUGCUGCGUCAGGAGGUGAAGCUGGCGGAGGCGGUGGAGGUCGGGCGCGAGAGCCUCUCCGGGCUGAACGGCAUCUCCGAAUACCUCCGCGAAAUCCGAGACGGGCUGGCGCUGAGGGCGGCGCCGGCGGGGGGGAUGCCGACCCUCCCCACACAAUGCACGGACGGAUUUCGACUCGUGGCGGGGAAGUGCGUGCUGCUGGGGAUUAGCACGAGGAAGAGCUGGGGAGACUCGCGCCUCUUCUGCCAGCAGAUGGGGGCGGACCUCGCCACAUUCGAGGACGCGGGGACCUACGCCGCCAUCUUGGAUUACAUUAGAGAGAUUAUCGGGCUCGGUGAGCGGGUGAAUGUGUGGGUGGGCGGGUCAGACGGAGCGGUGGAAGGCGUGUGGACUUGGUUAACGGGCCAGUUAAUGCCACGAGGUCCGCCAUUUUGGGGAACCAGGAACAAUUACUUGCCUGAGCCAAGUGGAGGAACCAAUGAAAACUGUUCGAUUCUCUACAAGGCGGACUUCCAUUACGUGCAUGACAUUAAUUGCGACACAGCUGCUGCUCCACUUUGUAUGAAACACAACUGAAGGCAUCUAUAAGGGAGGUGCCAGUAUCCAAAUCAAAAUCUGUGGUAACAGAUAACAAAAUAUAAUUUUCCCCUGGUUGUUUGCAAUAUUCAGUGUAAUAAAAAUAACUCUGGAAGCUUAAACGAG